AUGGUGGCAUCUUCAGGGACAGGUGGCCUCGUCUUCGAGGGGGAACUCUUCGGGACCAUCCCGGUGGUGCACGCCUCCAUCGCCGGCUGCCGCAUCAUCGGCAGAAUGGGAAACAGACAUGGACUGUUGGUCCCAAGCAGUACGACAGACCAAGAGCUUCAACAUAUUCGCAAUAGUCUUCCAGAUUCUGUACGAAUUCAACGAGUAGAAGAAAAAAAGCGUCUGUCAGCGCUGGGCAACGUCACUACCUGCAAUGACUACGUAGCUCUUGUUCAUCCAGAUCUUGACAGGGAGACAGAAGAGAUCUUGGCAGAUGUACUGAAGGUUGAGGUUUUCAGACAAACGGUAGCAGAUCAGGUGCUGGUAGGAAGUUACUGUGUUUUUAGCAACCAAGGAGGAAUUGUGCACCCCAAGACUUCAAUUGAUGAUCAGGAUGAACUGUCUUCAUUGCUCCAGGUCCCACUUGUGGCUGGAACGGUGAAUCGUGGCAGCGAGGUCAUUGCAGCAGGCUGUGGGCUGGAUACAACCAGCACUGAGCUCUCCGUCAUUGAGAGUAUCUUCAGGCUGAAUGAAGCUCAGCCAAGUACCAUUGCUACCAACAUGAGAGAUUCCUUGAUUGACAGCUUGACAUGAGCAGUGUUGAUUCCUACUUUCCAGAAAGCUCCUAAGGAGUGAAGUGUCAAGCUGCACUGUGGAUGACAGACGUCUAGACCUUCUGAUGUUGUUUCUGCAGGCCUAGCCCAAGGAAGAGGCUACAAAACCAACUUUUUGUAGUGUUUUGUAAAUUAAGUAUUACUACAAAAACUGACAAAUAACAUACAUAAGUUACAAAUAAGGAAUGCUCUCUAUCCCUUUGCUGACAUUUUCCAGUUCUUCAGCUGUGCUUUCUGGUUUUGUGGUGCUGACUGAGCCCCUCAAACUAGCC